AUGUCAUUGGUGAAUUCGUUAACACACUACGAAAUUUUAAGAAUUCCAUCGGAUGCAACACAAGAUGAAAUCAAAAAGGCAUAUAGGAAUCGGUUACUAAAUACGCACCCCGAUAAACUUUCUAAAAGCAUACAUGAUACGGUUAGCAACGUCACAAUCAAUAAGAUUCAAGAUGCUUAUAAAAUACUAUCGAAUAUAAAAACUCGUCGCGAAUAUGAUAGGUUGAUCCUUGAAAACUAUAAACGCCAAGGAUUUCAUAAUUGUGGUGAUGGGCUGGAUGAAUUUUCCUUAGACGAUUUCUCAUUUGAUGAAGAUAAGCUGGAGUUUAUGAUGAAUUGUCCUCGCUGUCAAUUUGUUGGUGGUUUUCAUUUUAGUGAGAGUUUGUUAGAUGAAUGCAUUGAUAAUGUAGACGCUAUGGAACGGAGUCAUUCUGGUUAUCAAUUAUUAACCCAAUGUAGCGCAUGCAGCUUAUGGCUGAAGGUUAAUUUUGACAUCGAGGAAGAGCAAGAAGGACAAUAA